CAGUGCGCAGUUAGCGUUCACGUGACGGACCGCCAACAUAUAUAUUCACACGAAAACGAAAAAAGCACAACCAAGAGCAAAGAGUAAACAAACACAAAGAUAGCUAGCCGAGUUUGUCAACCGCGGUGCAGUUACUUGUUGGUUCGCCGAGUUGCCAGCCAGCAGCACCCCGCGCUCUCGGCGGCGCCGUGUGUAUAAAUACAGGGCGGCACAGUGCAUGCGUCAGAGAGAAACUCUCCAUCGGCACCGACAGAGGAGCACCAGACAGUCAGGCGACCACACCAAGCGAUUGAGGUCGCAAAACGACGCAAUUUCGGUUGUAACCCACUCUUUUGUUUUAUGGAUCUAGAGGACGAUUGUCAUUUAUCGUCCAGCAGGAGGUCCAUCGGCGCCUCCAGCAGAACGCAGCUCCCGAAAGUCUCGAGCUCCAGCAAAACGGCGCCGGCCAAAAAUGGAAACCCGGUGUGCAGCAGCGAAAUCAUCGACUCGAUGGCGUCGCCGGAGGACUUCGUGCCCUCCGUCGGCAGGUGGGGCUGUGAAUGGCCAAGUUGACUCGAAACGCCCGACUCGGACGCGCCUCAUGCCAAGGGCCUAGCAUGGCCCACGGACCGGCCCCUGCCCCUGCCCCAGUGGGCACGGAACGCCCCGCAGUCCUUCUGCGUACCCUCGAUUGAGGCCUAUCAAGACCUGGCCGCUAGCGUCGAGUUUCAGGUACAGAACCUGCUGCAGGAGCACCACUACAACACCGUCGGCAAUUUCGUCAGAUUCUUCAUGGAAUUCCAAUCAAGCGGCUUCACUCAACUGGACCAGUUCUUCAGGGAGUACUCGCCACCCAUCACUCCAGAGCACCACACUUGCGUCGGCCUCGGACUUGAGCUUUUGAAGAAGCUUUGGCUCCUCGAGUCUAAGUUUCCAGGCCUCGCAUCAAAGUUCUACGUCAUCUCGUGCGAAGAGGCCAUUGAAAACACCGAGCGCUACAUGGCCAACGGUCCUCCGCCUGUCCAACUGGCCGAGAAGGAACACAUUUUGCUGGCCCUAAGAAUCAUGGUUGGGAACAGAAGUGGAUUUCUGGUUUUGGACCCUGGCUAUCAUGUUGCAAGGGCGGUUACUGUCAUGGCGGACAAGCAGUACCCACACACAGGUUGGUUCACUCAGAAAGAUGACGAAACCGGUGUGAAGGAGUACAACUACGAGAUGGACGCCCUUGGCCGCUACCUGGUGUGGCGCAUCCACGAGACCAACCCGCGAGGCCAGAGCCAGGACAACGCCAGCCUCAUCUAUGUGGAGCAGCCCUUCCUGUGCGCCGUCCAGUGCACAGAGAGGCGCAACUUGGUCUACAACUUCAAGAGCCUCCUGGCCAGGGACACCAAAGGCCACGUCAUUGCCGGGAUCUACUUUGACCUGACCUCGAAGGACAAGGUCACCUUGUUCUGCAACGACGACGAAGGCAAGAAAACGAAGAGGAAGGUGGACUUUGGUGUCUUUUUGAAGAAAAGCUUGGCAACGGAAAUUGAAGAGCUGGUUGAGGAGUGUGCGAUCCAACUCGGCAUGCUCGAGAACGACCUUCUGAGCCUGCUGGCAACAUUGGCCACCAUCGUGGAGAACCAAGAGUUUGUGGAACAAACACUCAGCAUCAAUGAGAACAUCAACAAGAUUGCUGCCGACAACUAGAGACGAGAAGAGAGAGGAAUUGGAAAAGUUUACAUCAGCUUUCAAUUCUGAAAAUUUUUAACCAAUUUUUUGCCUAAUUUUUACACUUUUAUUGCACGAAGUGGUUUUUGUUUAGAAAUAGUUACAUGUAGUUAGUAUUCUAUGAUUUAAUGCAAAUUUCAGUUUGUUCUGUUCCUUUGAAAAUAAAAACUUUACUUGGAAAAAUAAAAAAAUCA